CUCUAUUUGAAGCUUUCAAACAAGGCACUGCUGAUAUUAUGUUGAAAAUGAACCAAGCUGAGAAGGAAAACCUUUCGACAACGAUUCAGAAUGCCAUAAUUUCAGGCGUAAAGUCUUGUCAUCGAGAUAUAACAUUUGAAUAUUGUGCAGAUUUAAUUGAUCAUAACCACAGUUUAACUUCAGCGGCUAAAAUUUGUGACAGUGGAGUUAAGUCUGGCCAGUCUGACAAUCGCCGAGAAUUUCUAGAUUUCCUUGGGGAAGAUUUUGUCAAACAUCCGUUUGUGUUGGCAUACAAAGAAAAAUGCCUGUCAGUCACUGAUGAUGUCUCCUUAUCGCCAGUUCCAGACAAAAAUGAUGCAGAAACGAAGAAGCACAAAUCUCCAAAAGCCAAGAAAAGCAGCACAGAUUCAGAUGUUUGGGGUUCACCGCUGAGAUGCAACUUUCCAUCGGACGAUGCAGCUAUAGAUACAACAUCCUUGGAGUUUUCACAGAUAAGAAUUUCGCAGGAAAUGCAGAGACCUAAAUUUCUGGGAAUGCCUAUUGGCACUGCGCGACAGCUUAUCUCCUUGCACAAUCUCAAGCAAACCGAAAGAGAUACUCUCGUAAGUCAAGAAGACCACCCAGCAUUGUUGGUUUUAUGCGGUGGAACUGAUUUAAAAUGCACGUCACUUAUUGGAAGUAAAAUACUUCCAACCUCUUUUGAUACAAAAACUGAGAAGGUCUUAAAGACAACCAUAAUCUCUUUAAAUAGUAAAUGUGAAAAAGAUUUGCAACUAAUGCUGGCCAGUACUACAACUCAGUUGUGCCAGGCUGUGUACCAGAUGACCAUUCCAGCAGAAAAAGAAGGAAGAUGGGGAAAUGUUGCAGUGGAAAUGAAGUGGAAAGGUGCUUGUCACCUCCUGGAGACACCCCCUGCUGAUGCAAGUGCUACAGUCAUUGCAUCUGUCAGAUCAGGCAGUGCUUUGAGCAGCAUGCACAAGCUGUUUCUGGAACUUAGUUUCCUAGGAAAAAUCAUCAGUGCUCUCAGUAAUGGAGAAGUUGAGUGGAUCUCUGAAGAGAGUGAAAAGCCAGCAGUGCCUGUGGCCUGGACCAUCAAAAAUCUUAUCGACACAAUACAGGAAGAAGGCAGUCUGACAAAUGCAUAUGUGCUGGAGAGCAGGGAUGGAGAAGAUAUACUGCCACUUCUAUCAAAAAAUAUUAUCAUCAGUGAACGCAGCGAUUAUGAUUUCACCGACCGUUUAUGGAAGGCUUUGCUGAACUGCAUGUCUACAGCUGACUUGGUGUGCAGCCUUCGUAUUGUUUUCCAAGCUCUUGGUGAUGGCAAUCUUCAACCCUUUGUUGACCGCAGGAACAAGACCACCAUUGCUCAUAUGGUACGAGAGGCCUUCACCGGUCGAUUCUCUUCUCCAAGCCUGAUGGGCAUUCAGCCUUUUCUCUUCUUAGCUGAAAUUGGUGCUGAGAAACUUCGACGUGACUACAUACACAUUUUUAUGUCUCAGCAUUUAGCAACUUUCUCAAGCCUGGGAGACUUAAUGGCAAAUGAAGGGGAACUUCACAGUAGACUGAAGACACUAGAAAAGUUUCAUUUAGUGCUGGAAAUGGUGUCUCUGGCUGCAUGGUCUCUGCACCCUUCAGUUGAUGUCUUGAAUCUUAUGGCUCGCCAGAUGUUGGCACACUACCAGCACCACCCAUUGGAGCCAAAUCAUGUCUUCAGAUUUGCGGUAAAGACUUCAGAAGUACUUCCUGUUCUCAGUAGUUCUCUGCCAGUCAUGUGGUGUGUAGAGACAAAAAUACCUGUUCCUUUGUGUGAUUUGUAUGAAUCGCAGAUGUACUGCCUCUGUGCUACAAAGCCCUUCUUGUAUAUGCAAGAUGGAUGUGGGGGAAACAUCUCGAUGUUUGAAAAUAACAGGAAAGAACAAAUGAAAAAUGAUCAUGAGAAAAGAGAUAUACAGUACUGCCUUGUCUAUCGCCAAGAGAAUGUAGUUCUUCUUUAGAAUUUCAGACUUUCUUAGUUUGUGUCUGUUGCCAAGAGAAUGUAGUUCUUUAGAAUUUCAGACUUUAUUUUUGCCUACAAGGACAUCACAUAAUCUUACAUAAUAGUGGUAUGAUUGUGAACAGCAUGAUAAUGAAUGGGUAUAAUUACUUUGUGCAGGCAUUGAGAUAUAUCACAGCAAUAUACAUACAAGACUAUCAGAAGUAUGCAGUCAGGUGAAUCGUUUAAAAAUUGCUUUAACUUGGGUAGGGAACCAGUGGCCAGACCUGACGAGGGGAAGGUGCAAGAGAGGGGGGGGGGAUGAUGGUGUACCCAGGCCCGAGGCUGUAGACUUUGAUCAGUAUUUUUUGUUUGAUUUCUUUUCUUUUUAGCAAAAGUGAAAAGAAUAUGCAUCAUAAGAAAAAAAUAAAUAAGUUUCAAUGAACGUUAUAAAGUGUAGGCUUUACAACUGCUAGAGUUACUGCUAUAACUGUAUCCAAAUCUGAGAUCAGACAUGCAUUUUACUGUCUAUCAAGUUUUUCACAUACAGUAGUGACAUUUUUCUAGAGGAAGGGUUCAAAUAGUUUGAUCUUUCACUUCAUUUUCUCUCAUUUAUUGACCACUCACAUAUAUGCAGGGAUGGGGAGUAGCUGUAGCUGGCUACAAAUUUUGUAGCUUGUAGCUUAGCCGGCUACAAAUUUAAAAAAG